AUGCUGCGCGCGCCGCGGACCCUGGCUCCGGCCACAGCAGCGCAACCCACAAAGAGCUUGCCCGCGUUGAACCCCACCGAGCUGUGGCCUCCAGGUCUCAGCAGCCCCCAGCUCUGUCCGGCCACCACCACCACCUACUACGCUUCGCUCUGCACGCAGACGGUGCCUUCCACUGCGGCGCUGGGCACCUGCCUCGACGCCACUCCCCACGGACCUGAGGGCCAGAUUGUGCGAUGUGUGCCCGCAGGCCGGCUGCCGGCCAAGAGGAAGCUGGACCUGGAGGGCAUUGGGAGGCCUGCAGUCCCUGAAUUCCGGACUCCCAAGGGGAAGUGCAUCCGAGUGGAUGGUUUGCCAAGCCCCAAAACCCCCAAGUCUCCUGGGGAGAAGACACGCUAUGACACUUCGCUGGGGCUCCUCACCAAGAAAUUCAUUUACCUCCUGAGCGAGUCCGAGGAUGGUGUCCUGGACCUGAACUGGGCAGCCGAAGUGCUGGAUGUGCAGAAGCGGCGCAUCUAUGACAUCACCAACGUGUUGGAGGGCAUCCAGCUCAUCCGCAAGAAGUCCAAAAACAACAUCCAGUGGGUAGGCAGGGGAAUAUUUGAAGACCCCACCCGACCUGCGAAGCAGCAGCAGCUGGGGCAGGAGCUGAAGGAGCUGAUGAACGCGGAGCAGGCCUUGGACCAGCUCAUUCAGAGUUGCACGCAGAGCUUCAAGCACCUGACCGAAGAUAAUGCCAACAAGAAAUUGGCCUAUGUAACCUACCAGGACAUUCGUGCUGUGGGCAACUUCAAGGAGCAGACGGUGAUUGCAGUCAAGGCCCCUCCACAGACCAGGCUGGAAGUACCGGACAGGGCGGAGGAGAACCUGCAGAUUUAUCUAAAGAGUACCCAAGGGCCCAUUGAAGUCUACCUGUGCCCGGAGGAGGUGCAGGAGCCAGACAGUCCUGCCAAGGAGGCCCUCCCCUCCGCCUCUACCCUCAGCCCCAUCCCUGACUUCGCCGAACCCAGCUGCAGCACUGACCCUGGGAUCACAGAGACCACAGCGUCUUCAGUGCUGACGUCCCAGCCGGUCCCGCCACCACCAGCGCCAUCCCUUGUCCCCUUGGAAACCACUGACAACAUGCUGGAGCUGUCGCACCCACUGCUGCAACAAACCGAGGACCAGUUCCUGUCCCCGAUCCUGACUGCCAACUCCCCUCUGAUCAGCUUCUCCCCGCCCUUGGACCAGGAUGAAUACCUGUGGGGCAUGGAUGAGGGCGAGGGCAUUAGCGACCUCUUUGACUCCUAUGACCUUGGGGACCUGUUGAUCAAUUGAAGAGUCCCGCCUCUGUCUCUACCUCCUCACAGACAGAGUGACAGGCUCUCUGCCCAGAUGGGGGAUGCUGGACACUAGGUGUCAACCCCUGCGUGUGAGUGACUCCCUUCCAGCCUUCCUUCCGGUGUAGGCCAGCUGGGGAGAUGUGGAGGAUGUGAGUGAGGAAGUGUGUCAGGGGCUGGGCCCUGAUCCUCCUCUUCUGACCUCUGACCCCUUCAUGAAGGACAACAGGUGCAGGAGACCAUGUUCAGGGAAAGGGUCUGCCGCCUUCUUCUGAGGGGCAGUUGGACCCUGGCUUUUUCAAGAAGCACUUAAUGCCUUUGUAUUUAUUAUUUCAGGUUUGUUUGUUCGUCCGCCCUGAGUUUUGGCAGGGAGAUUUGUUCUAGUUUCUCCUCUGACAGGUCCUCCCAUGUCUACUGUCUAAGGGAACCCCUGGGCUUCCAGGGGCCCGGGCCAACUCCUUGGUCCUUCUCCCACAGUAGUACCUGGGUCUUGAGGAGACUAUCCAGUUUGCUUGAGUAUUAACUGCACUUAGGCCUUGUAAUUCUCAUAAAGUGCAGGACCCAGCCAAGGCGUUGGCUUAGGGUUCCCUACCUCUUCCAUCCCAGAGAAGGUUCCAGUAGCUGUCUUGGGGGAGGUAGCAUUGAGUUCCCUACAGGAGCAGGUAGCCAAGAAGGUUAGCUUCCAGUUGGGUCCCGUGUCUCUCCUGAGCCUCAGAAAGUAAAUACAGGCCUUCAGGAACUAGGCCAGAAGAGUCCCUGGGAAAAGCAGGAGGCACGUGUCUUGGCUGCUGGAGGUUACCCUCCUUAGAGCCUCUGCCUCAUCCUAGUCAGAGACUGGGGAGGUGGUGGCAGAGACAAGUGUGAGGAGAAACACCCUGGGGGCUGCCCAUGCUCCCCUGGAAGGAUUAUUUUGUUUCUUGGUCACAGUUGUUGGAGGGAGAGAUUCCUUAAGGACCAGCCUUCCCGAGCCCUCGCUCCACGUCCAAAGUCCGAAAUGACAGGAACUUGGGGGCAGGUUUGCACCUUCCCACAAUGGAAUGCUGAGGGGAUGACGGGUAGGGUGGAGUGGUCUUCACUGCAGACUAGAUCUCAGCAGCUCAUGAGGAGAUGGUGUGGGGAGCUGGGAGAACCGUGGGCCUAUUUCCCUAUGGGCUGACCAUCUAGGGUCCCUGUGGUCCAGAUGGGGACAGGAGUCUGCUGUCUCCGUUGCCCUUCCUGGGAUGGACAAUGCUCUGGGCUGAACCAAGGCCAUGUGUUCUGGAGAGGUACACCCAGGGGAAGGAGGGUCUUACCCUCUUUCAGGGAGCUCGGGUUUCUCAGGGGCUCAGCAGGGCAGCACUUUUUUUUUUUUUUUGUGAGUUUGUAGCAUUAAUUUGAUUUAAAAGAUGAAGUUGACUCUGCCAGGUAGCUUCUAGCUGGCUGACUGGCAGUUGAAGUUUAGAUGUUGGGCUAAUGUGAACUGAUGCCCAUUUGGGGCUAAUUUGUCUUAUCCUUAGCUCAACUUUUUGGGCCCCCAAGUUAGUUCCCUUCGAGGAGAGGUCGGUGUCUCACAGCUGCCCCCCUUGGAAUUUGUAUACUUUUACAUCGCGCGUCUAACCUUUCGACCUUGCGAUGUGACCUUGUCGUCUAUAAAGUUCACACUCAAGAACCGCACAGUUAAGCUACCAAAAAAGAAGAAAUCUCAUGAGAACGUUUACAGUCUUGUGUUGGGCUGUUGUCCAUGGCUCUCUGUGGCCUGUGCUGCAGGUUGGACAUACCUGCUACCAAACGCAGGGGCAUAAUCGGACACCAGGGAAGUCCACUGUGCUCUAAGCCUGCAGGUGACCCUCGAGUGGUGAGGGUGCCACCUGGACUCUAGUUUGAUGCUCCUGAGGCUGGAGGCAGCUUUGUUGUUCUCAGGUCUCUGCUAUUUAGCCAUGUGCCAACUCCAAGAACAGAGACGCCCGACCUCCGUGCCUUGGUCUCUGGGGGGAGAGCUAAGGUUCUGGGGAUAGAAGAGGGCUGUAGUUCCUGUCUGGAGUGAGGCUAAUAACACAGCUCAGAAUUCAAAUUCAGUUGCCUAAGGCCCAGCCCAGGGAUGGACAGAGGCCUUGCUACCAGCUGCCUCUUGCUCUCCUGCCCCUCUUUUCAAUCCUGCUUGGUCGAGGGGCUGGACCUCCCAGGACAAGCCCCAGGCUAGUGUGGGAAACAAACUCAAGCCUCUUUCUUGCCAAUGAUACUUGAGACCCCCCAAGUUCCUUAAAGUGCUUUAAAAGAAUGGGGUGUACCCCAUUUGGGACACCGUUUUGAGCGGUAUUUCUUUUAGGCCCCACGGGAACAUUCAUGCUAGGGUGGGAAAGAUGCCAGUCUCUUUUGAGGUGGAUGCUUUUGUUCAGGGAGGUUUCCCAGCCUCAGCAUCAAGCCCCCAAGUCAUUUGGGUCCCCAGGGACCCCAGAGCACUUAACAGAAUUAAACUUGUAAAUAGCGUUGGAAAUGCGCCUGUGAAGGUGUCGGGGAUGAGUCGGUCCCUCCAUGGUGACGUGGCCAGCUGGCGUGUCGAUGAGCCGUGGGAGUUUAUAAGCUUUGAGGGGGUGUGACUUGGUUUCCCCUCCGUGUGUGUUCUCAGCCUCCCUUCUGCACAGGUUAGUGUUUCAGGGAGUUUGCUUCUGCUGACCGGCAUCGGCUGUUGUGUGGCUCUAGUGUACCUGAAGCCCUCGGGGUGGAUGAGAAUCAGUUUCUUGGUUUCUGUCAUUGUGCCCAGAGGCCCCACCUCACCUAGGUACCCUAUUCUCCCACAAGGCCCUUUAGGGACCAUAAUGGCCAUAAUCUGGCCAGCCUCUGGCUGCUGGGAGAGAUGAAGUCUUAUGGUGUUGUUUGUGUUGAGGGUGCCUGGGGGUGGGGGUCUGGGGUCUCUGAGCUGGGACUCCAUGUGGGUCACCUACCUCCUCAUUUCACCCAAAGUUCUGCCUUGAACUCCAGCGAGUGUUCUUCAGUUGUGAUGAUUGGGCAUUAAACAGUGUCAGCUGUAAA